AUGCGCCUAAUAGAAUCCCUGUGCAAUAUCUCUGGGAUCUUCCAAGUAGCCUCCCUGCUUGGUCUUGUUCUGCUGCUGUUCAAGGCAAUCCAAUUAUACCUGCGCAGACAGUGGCUGUUGAAAGUCCUACAACAGUUCCCAUCACCUCCCUCACACUGGCUUUUUGGGCACAAAAAGAAGUUUACAAAGGAUCAGGAGUUGCAACAGUUACUGAAAUGGGUGGAGAAAUUCCCAUGUGCCUUUCCUCGCUGGCUAUGGGGAAGCGAAGCUGUUGUCAUGAUCUAUGAUCCUGACUACAUUAAGGUGAUUCUGGGGAGAUCAGACCCAAAGUCUACUAGAACCUACAGAUUCCUGGCCCCUUGGAUUGGGUAUGGUUUGCUCCUUUUGAAUGGGCAGACAUGGUUCCAGCACCGGCGUAUGCUGACUCCAGCCUUCCACUAUGACAUCCUAAAGCCCUAUGUGGGGAUCAUGGCUGACUCUGUUCGACUGAUGCUGGACAAAUGGGAGAAGUUGAUCACCCAGGACCCAUGUCUGGAACUCUUUGAACAUGUCUCCUUGAUGACUUUGGACACCAUCAUGAAGUGUGCCUUCAGCUACGAGAGCAGAGUCCAGCAGAACAAGAACCACAACUCCUAUAUCCAAGCUGUUCAAGACAUGAGUGAGUUGUUUUACUCACGAGUGAGGAAUAUCUUCUACCAGAGUGAUGUCUUCUACAGCCUGACCCGUGAUGGUCGCUUGCUCCACCGUGCCUGCCAGAUUGCCCAUCAGCACACAGACCAAGUGAUCAAGCAAAGGAAGAUUUCUCUGCAGAAGGAAGGAGAGCUAGAAAAAAUCAGAAAGAGGAGGCACUUGGACUUCCUGGAUAUCCUCCUUUGUGCCAAAAUGGAAAAUGGGAGCAGCUUGUCCGACGAAGACCUUCGUGCUGAAGUAGACACAUUCAUGUUUGAAGGUCAUGAUACCACAGCCAGUGGCAUCUCCUGGAUCCUUUACUCCCUGGCCAAAUACCCCAAGCAUCAGCAGAUCUGCCGAGAGGAGAUCCAAAGUGUCCUGGGGGAUGGAGCCCUCAUUACCUGGGACCAUUUGGACAAGAUGCCUUACACCACUAUGUGCAUCAAGGAGUCUCUAAGAAUCUACCCACCAGUUCCAAGUAUUGGCAGGGUGCUCAGUAAGCCCGUCACCUUUCCUGAUGGAAGGUCCUUACCAGAAGGAACCAGAAUCUCACUAGACAUUCACGCUCUUCACCACAACCCGAAGGUGUGGUCAGAUCCAGAGGUAUUUGAUCCGACCCGGUUUUCACCAGGCUCAUCCCGACACAGCCAUGCCUUCCUGCCUUUCUCAGGAGGAUCUAGGAACUGCAUUGGGAAGCAAUUUGCCAUGAACGAAUUGAAGGUGGCUGUGGCCCUGACCAUUCUCCGUUUUGAGCUGUCACCAGACUCCACCAAGGAUCCCAUCCCUAUUUCAAGAAUUGUGUUGCGGUCCAAGAAUGGGAUUCAUUUACACCUGAAAAAGAUCCACUAG